AUGGCAGGUAAGAAAAAGUGGUCCAAGGGAAAAACGAAGGAGAAAUCCGACCAUAAAGUAAUAUUUGAUCCCGAAACGCACGAUCGCCUGCUUAAGGAAGCCGCAAAAUACAAACUGAUUACCACGAGUGUCCUUGUGGAACGUUUGAAAAUAAACGGAAGCCUCGCCCGGUCUGCGAUUCGAGAGCUCAUCGCGAAAGACCUCGUGAAGCCUGUGUCGACACACCAGGCACAGUUGGUCUAUACGCGUGCGACGCAUGGUGCAGCGGAAUGA